AUGAUGGAAUACAUGUCCGAAAAGUUCUCCAUGAAGAGUCCGACCCUGAAGCCCGGCGAUUACUACAUGGGACCCAGCGGCGCGCUGGACCAGGUUAUGGACAACUUAGAGAGCGUGCAGUACUACAGCAGCAAGAGCUCGCCCAAGUGCGUGCAGGCCUUCGGCCUUCAGGGCAGCGAUCCCCACACCAGACUGGACCGAACACCCCCCUGUGAGGAGCAGAACGCAAAUUAUGGAGUCCCCAAAACGGAGGAGGACAGUCUGCACACGGACCUCGGGAGGCCGAUGGAGAACUGUUGCAAUAUGCGCGCGUCGCCGGUCACGACAGGCCCUGAGAAGACGGACGUGGAUGAUAUUGCGGAAAAGUGCGACAGCAACGUCAGCAGCAGCAAGAAGAGGCGACACAGAACCACCUUCACCAGCACGCAGCUGGAGGAGCUGGAGAAAGUCUUCCAGAAGACCCACUAUCCAGAUGUUUACGUUAGAGAGCAGCUGGCGAUGAGGACGGAACUCACAGAGGCCAGGGUGCAGGUGUGGUUUCAAAACAGAAGAGCGAAGUGGAGGAAGCGAGAGCGUUACGGGCAGAUCCAGCAGGCAAAAAGCCACUUUGCGGCCACAUACGACAUCUCCGUGCUACCGCGGGCCGACAGCUAUUCGCAGAUUCCCAAUAACCUGUGGACAAGCCCCGCCCCCAGUGGGGGGGUGGUGUCCCCCUGCAUGAUCCCGCGAGGCUCCUCCCCCUGCAUGACAUCAUACCCGCACUCCCCCCGCGGGGAGCACGGCUACGUGGGCUUCCCCAGCCAGCAGAACCAGUUCGGCCACGUCUCUCUCAACAACUUCUUCCCCGACUCCCUGCUCAGCCCCGCCCCCAAUGGCCACGCCUUCGAGACCAAGCCCGAGCUGGAGAGACGGUCUUCCAGCAUCGCCGUGCUGCGCAUGAAGGCCAAAGAGCACACAGCCAACAUCUCCUGGGCUGUGUGA